CGGUAGGGGAGCGGCAGAGGCGCGGUAGAGGAAUGGUAGGGGAGCGGCAGAGCGGCGGCAUAUGCGCGGUAAUUGAGCGGUAGAGGAGCGUCAGGCGCGUCAUUGUUUCGAAUUCGAGGCGGACCGUCGGCGGAGGCGCACCUGAUGUUGAUGAAACGUGAAACGAUGGACUGUACGGUCGUAUCACAGAGUUCUCCAUGGAUUGUACGGUUUUAACGAAUGACUGCGGCGGAAAGGGGAAAGCCAGUCCAUAGCUCCAGCGUCCCGGUGGAUGCUGCGUUCCAGACCGGGGCAUGUGAACCGCACCGGGAUGGUUCUGUACCGCUAAAACACCCGGUUCACCGUCCGUCACGGAGCCAGAGCAGACCCAGCCAUGGCCUCGGACAGCUGCCUGUUGGUGUGGUCCGAUCAGUGUGUCAUCGUGUGUCCCCUGUCCCUCUCUCUCUCUCUGCCAGUCACCCCCGAGGCCCUGGGCUUCCUGACGGCCGUGGCGGUCUUCGUGGUGGCGCUGGGCGUGCUCUUCCUCUUCAUCACCAAGAAGCUCUGCUUCUCCCGGGUGGGGGGGCUGCCCUGCCUUGAGCAGACCGGUCCGGGGAGGAAGACCCGGCGGCACGGGGGGCUUCGUCAGGGUCUCGUCAACAGCUAUGGGCAUGAGGAGGACUUCUAUGAGGAGGAGGGCAGCAGCGCUUCCGACGGGGAGGAGGAGGUGCUGAAGCAGUUUGAGAUCUCCGUCUCGCGCUCCCAUAGUUUCCGCGGCGGGGGCGCCUCCCACCGUGCGGCCGCCCGGGCCCUCUCCCAGCCCGCGGGGGGGGGGCGGGGGCGGGGGCGGGGGCGCCGGGGGUCCGGACACCUCCUCUCCGACCAGGACGAGGUCAGCAGCGGAGCCUCAGAGUGUGGAGACAUGGAGGACCGGAGCUCCCCAGGGUUCCAGGACCCCCCCGUGUCCCUCCAGGUCCUAGAGAGCCGUGAGAGACCCCAGUCCAGCCGCCCAGAGACCCCCAGGAGCCAGACCCCCCGGAGCCAGACCGGGACCUCCCGAAACCAGACCGGGACCCCCAGGAGCCAGACCCCCCGGAGCCAGACCCCCCGGAGCCAGACCCCCCGGAGCCAGACCGGGACCCCCAGGAGCCAGACCGGGACCCCCAGGAGCCAGACCGGGACCCUGAAGGAGCCCUCGCUGCGGGGGGCCCGGGGCUCCCUGCGCCCUGGGGCCACCCCCACCCCCACCCCCACCCCCACCCCUAGCCUCCUGGGCCCAGGGGCCCCGGGAGGGGAGGAGCAGGCGGAGGUGCAGGCGGAGGAGGAGAAUGCGGGCUUGGACAACAACGACGCCACCGACAGUUCCUCCACCUGGAGCCCUGAGGGCGAGCCGCCUCCUCUGGGCGACGCCGUGCCCGGCGAGCCCGCCGCCGUCUCCCCGGCCCCCCGGGGCCCCCCCGUCACCACCUGCGGCCACCUGCUGCUGUCCCUGGAGUACCGCCCCGAGGCGGAGCGGCUGCAGGUGCGGGUGAUCGCCGCGCGGGACAUCCCGGACAAGGCGCGCAGCGGCAUGGACUGCCACCAGGUGCACGUGGUGCUGCUGCCCGCCAAGCGCCAGCGCCGCAAGACCUCGGCCCAGAAGGGCCCGCAGCCGCGCUUCGACGACGCCUUCCGCUUCGCGCGGCUGGACCCGUCGGACCUGCUGCUGUCGGGCCUGCGCUUCCGGCUUUACGCGCUGGGGGGCCGCAUGGCGCGCGAGAGGCUGGUGGGCGAGAGCAUCCUGCGGCUGGGCGGGCUCAACCCCGACGGGGGCACCAUGGAGACCAGCCUGGUGCUGGAGCCCCGGAGCAACCUGAAGUCUCUGGACUCCCAGCUCAGCCUGGCAGUAUCCCCCCCCGGAGAGGGGGUGUCGUCGGGCCAGUCCUUGGCCCACGGGGGGGUCCCGGAGCUGCUGCUGGGUCUGUCCUACAAGGCCACCACCGGGCGCAUGUCGGUGGAGGUCCUGAAGGGGAGCCACUUCCGCAACAUGGCUGUGACCAGACCACCAGAUACCUACUGCAGGCUGGUCCUGCUGAACUCGGUGGGCCAGGAGAUCUCCCGCUGCAAGACGUCGGUGCGUCGCGGCCAGCCCAACCCCGUCUUCAAGGAGACCUUCGUCUUCCAGGUGGCGCUGUUCCAGCUGUCGGACGUGACCCUGAUGGUGUCCAUCUACAGCCGGCGCAGCAUGAAGAGGAAGGAGAUGGUGGGCUGGGUCUCCCUGGGCCAGAACAGCAGCGGGGAGGAGGAGCUUCUGCACUGGGAGGACAUGAAGGACGGCCAGGGCCAGUGGGUCAGCCGCUGGCACAUGCUGCUGGACGCCUAGACACGCCCCCUCUGGCCGGAGGACACGCCCCCUCUGACCGGAGGACACGCCCUCCCACACACAAAACCACACCCUCCGUCUGAAGGACACCCCCCCACCCCCCUCUGUCUACAGGACACGCCCCCUAUGGCCGGAGGACACGCCCCUUCUGACUGGAGGACACGCCCCCUCCCACACACAAACCCGCACCCUCCGUCUGAAGGACACACCCCUAACCCCCCUCUUUCUUUAGGACACGCCCCCCUCCCCCCCCCCCCCCCACACACACACAUACACACCCUCUAUCUGGAGGACGGCCCCCUAGCCCCCUCUGUCUAUAGGACACGCCCCCUUUCGUCUUGACACUCAAUCACUUGGAAUCGUUGGGCUUGGGCUCGGUCGGACCUUGGCCGAGGUGGCGGUGAGCGGAUUGGUCCGGACGGCUCCAGCACUGAGGUCCCCCUGGACCUCUAACGGCCCUGUGGUUGUGGUGGAGGUGAAGACCCGGGGAGGAGGAAGCCCGGUUCGGGUCCAGGGUCCAGGACUAACGAGACUCAGACUUUAUCCGUGGUUAUGGAUCUGCUUCACAGACCUGCAAUGAUUAAUUACACUGCUUUACCCCAACCUAACCAGUACCACCAGUCAAACACACAAGUCAGUCGGCUAAACAUAGUUAAUCCAGUUUACAUCUUUUACUUGUUUAAACUUAUGCUGAAGUCUACACCAGUUUACACCAGUUUACACCUGAUGGGAGAGGGAGGGAGAGAGAGGGGGAGAGAGAGGGAGGGAGAGAGAGAGAGAGAGA